AUGCCGCCUCGCGCUCUAUCCCGUCCACCCUUUGCCGGCAUCGGCAGCGGAUCCGUCCAGUUCCCAUCGCCCCAACGACCCGCUUCCUCCCAGGGCAGGCCACACACGCCCUCGUUCGACACGCCAUCCUCCGCCACUCCCUCGUCCUACCACCGCCGCGGCACCACCACCAGCGCAUCGCACCCCACUCCCACCGCAUCCAGUCGCAUCGACUACCGCAUCGGCAGCUCCGCCGUCAGCGAGAGCCUCUCCAAGGCCUACUUCUACGACGUCGUCCUCGAGGCACAGUCCACCUCGGCCUCGAUCGACCAGGACCAGCCAGGCGUACUCCUCCCCUGGCUCGGAAGCGUCGUCGUAGACCACACCGGCGUCACCGACGACGAUGACCCCACCGGAUCCCCCGACGCCAUGCCCAGGUCCGGCAGCGGAUCCAGCAUCAACGCCAUCUCGCCCGCCAUCGACCAACAGCCCCGCCCAGACUCGGCGACCCAGUUCGACCCCGCCCGCUUCCAGGGCCGCGUACAGGAGCUCAUCGACACCGAGCGCAGCUACAUCCGCCGCAUCGAGGCACUCCACCAAAAGUACGCCGUGCCCCUCCGCAGGCUCGCAAAGGACCGCGACACGGCCAUCAUCCCCAUCUACGAGGCACAGCGCCUCUUUGGCAACAUCGGAGAGAUCGUCGGCGCAAACCAGGCAUUUCUCAACGACCUCGACGCCCUCGCAGCAUCCGGGCCCGACGCCAUCCGCGCAGGCCUCGGCGACGUCGUCUACCGCCACAUGAGCUGCUUCAGCUGCUACACCGACUACCUCGCCAACUUUGAAAAGGCAAAGCACAUCGAGCGCACACUCGCAAAGCACCGCGGCUUUCAAGAGUUUGCCGACCGCACAAAGUACGCCAUGGUCGGCCUCGGCAAUGUCGGCAUCCGCGACCUCCUCAUGGAGCCCGUGCAGCGCAUCCCGCGCUACAAGCUCCUCCUCGACGGCAUCAUCAAGCACAUGGGCCCGCGCGACCCGCAGCGCGGUCGCCUCGAGGACGCCGUCGUCCUCGCCAGCCGCAUCGCCAGCUGCGAGGCCGACGACAAGACCAAGCGCGCCGCCGUCCUGUGGAGCUUCAGCCGCAACGUCGACGACUUCCCCGCCGGCCUCAUCAGCGUCCACCGCCAGUUUCUCGACUGCGUCGACGUCGACGACUUUCCCCUCGAGGCGCUCGCGGCCAUGGGCGGCGCCACCUCGUCCACCGGAACGCCAGCGGCACCGGCAGCGGCGGGCGGCAAGACGAUCCACUGCACCCUCUUCCUCUUCGACGACCGGCUCGCCAUCGCCAAGCGCGCCAGCUCGUCGAUCUGCGGGCGCAAGGCCGUCGGGCUCGACGACCUCAACCGGCUGGCGGACCAGAUGAAGACGUUCACCGAGCGCAGCAGCGGCAGCGGCGGCGGGAGCGGCGGUGGAGGUGCUAGCGCACUGCUCGGCACCAGCCGCAAGGGCGACCUCAGCUUCCGCGGCGUCGUCGACAUCCUCGACCUCGAGGCGCUCGACCUGGGCGGGUCCGACUUCCAGCUCAACUUCCUGCGGCCGCCGAGCCUCGUGUCUGGCGACCGGUGGACCGGCCGGCCCGUGCGUCAGUACGUCACCGUCGACACGGCCUCGGCCGCCGCUGCCGGCAGCAACGGACGGGGCACGCCGCGUGGCUUUGAAAGCGGUGGUGGCAGCGACAUGGCGGCGCGGCUGGAAAAGACCCGCUUCCUCGAGAGCCUGUGGCGAGCCAAGGCGCUCUUCAAGGCCAAGGAGCACCGCAGCCACGUGCGGUGCCAGGUGUUGCCGGCCAUGCGACCCCACCAGCAGCAACAGGACCGGCCCGACUUGGACGCUGCGGCCGACCACGGCCUGGAUGCGCUGGCCGCGCGCGAAGCCGAGGCGCGGCGUGUCGUCUACUGGAAUGUGUACACGCGGCGGUCGUACCUGACGGAGCCGCACAAGGCGCCGCUCGCGCUACACGUCAACUUCCAGCGCGAGGCCGAUCCGCUGCCGCUGGGACCGGAACUGGCGCCCGCCCACGCUGCACUCGAGGUGGUCCACGUCGACGACGCCUACGGCGAGUGCCAGAUGUCGACGCGGUCGAAGCUGGUGGACCCGGAGCGCUCAUCGGAGGUGACAGUGGUGCAGUGCAGCGACCUGCCGCUCCGGAUGGCGCAGCUGGCCGCCGAGACUGCCAGGCUGAUGGGCGGCCAGAUGCGGGUGCAUACCCUGUCGCAGCCGGCGACGCCGUCGUCGUCGGGCAAUCAACACCAUCGUACCGGCCGCCUGGAGCAGUUUGGCCGGUCGCUGCUGUUUGGCGGCAGCGCAGGAGGAGGCGGGUCAGGAGCGUCCGACGUCUUUGGCUCGCCAGCGCGCCGCACCAAGAGCAACGCCUCCAAGAGCACCUCGGCGUACAGCAGCAGCGAUGCGCCUUCGACUUCGAGCCGCGCCAUGACGUUUUCCACCAACGCCACCAGCGUCAGCAGCCGCGCCGGCAUGCUUGAGAGCAUCAUGACGGGCGGCAACGACGGCAGCAUCAGCCGAAACCACCGGGCCGGCCUUGCCGUCGACUCUCCCGAAUCGAGCGGCGGCAGCGGCGGAGGCUUCCUCGGCUCUCCGCGCAGGCUGAUGAAGAAGCGGCGGUCGUCGUCGGUGGGCCCACCGAGCAUGGCCGCCUCGGAACGCAGUCCAAGCCGCGGGCCGCCCGAGCGCAUGUCGCGGACGCGCGGGCCUACGCCGGAGCCAGGCUAUAUCUCGACUGCGAACGGCCACCUCGAUGUGCACGGCAGCCCCGCCACGCCGUCUUCGCAGCAGGGUCAUCUCCGAUCGAGCCGGUUAGGCGGCGGAGGUCAUCAGAGGGCCAAGACGGAGAGCUUUUCGGCUUCGAUUCGGUCGCCCCUGGCUCUGGCCGACGCCGAGGAUGUCGCCUACCGCGCCGAUGUCAGCCGCGAGCCCAGCACCAGCACGCAAGGGUCAUCGGCGGUCGCGGCUCAUCGGCACGCGAGGUCCAGCUCGAGCGCAGGUCAUGCCGGGCCGGUACGGGCAACCACUCCGCUCAAUAUACGGCGCAAGCCGCCGCCGCGAGAGGACGAGAGCGAAGACGAGGAGCGGCUCGGCGUCAGCACGCCUGCCCACACGCGGACGCCAUCUGGGCCUCGAGGGUUGCCGUCGGCCAACGACGCCACGCCGACGGCCUCCCGGCCGGCGACCAAGAGGGACUCGCUGCGGAUCGACGGCGCCGAAGCUGCCUCCGAUGCAGAGGAGCUCAACGCUGAUCCGGCCGCGAACGGCGAGGCGCCCGGACGGCCCUCGCUAUCCGAGAGCGAAACCUCGACGGAGCGCGGGCACGGUGGCGGUGAUGCAGUCGUGAUGCCGCCCGCAUCACCGCAGAAGCCGGGCGAGCAGGUGAUACCGAAGCGGUCGACGUCGUCGGUGUCGCGGCAGCGGGGCGUCGAAGAGGCGCGGAAGCGAGCGCGUGCAGUCGAGGACUCGGUGCGGUCCAUCAGGGACGAGGUCAAGCGGCUCAAGGUGGAGAAUGUUGGCGGUGCCGAGGCGGGGACGGCGUCGAUGCGCCGAUCUGUCCGGGUCGGCGCGAUGCAGGAGGCGGACCUCAAUACGAUCACCGAUGUGCACACGAGCUCGGUCGACCGGCUGCUGACGCUGAUUGCGGACCUCGAGGCGCGGCUAUCGUCUUCGAUGCGGAUGAACGAGCGCCUGCUUGUCCAUCCUCCCCCUCCGGCAGGCAGCAGCAGCAGCAGCAGCAGCACCGGCGCCGCGACCGCAGCGAGUGCGAGUGCGACGGAGCUAUCGUCGCUGCGAGCGCAGGUGGCGACGCUGCAGCGCAAGUGCGACCUGUUGACGACGCUCGAGACCGACGGGCGGAUGGAGAACACGGAGCUGCACAAGGCGUUCAACGAGGAGCUCGACGCCAUGUACGACGACACGCAGCGGCCCGAGAGCGACGAGCUGGCGCGGCUGCGCGACGAAAUCAAGCGCGUCAAGCGCCAGCGCAACGAGGUCAGCGUGGCCAACAAGAAGCUGCAUAGGGACCUGGAGCUAGAACGUGUCCAGUGCGCAGUGUACCGCGAGAUGCUCGAGGAGAACGGGCUGCUCUGA